AUUUCCCGUCGUGCCUCUCGCAGGGCGGAGAGAGGGCGCUUCCUUGUCAAAAUGGCGGCUCCUUUGACUCUACUUUUGAUUGUGGCCGUUACAAUCCGCGCUGCUCUCUUCAGAUCCAGUUUAGCGGACUUAAUUUCAGAGAGAGUGGAAGUGGUGUCUCCGCUGACCGCCUGGAAGAGAGUGGUUGAAGGUUUGGCUCUGCUUGACUUAGGAGUCUCACCGUACUCUGGAGAUGUUUUCCAUGAGACUCCUCUCAUCAUUUACCUCUUUCACUUUUUGGUGGACUAUGCAGAAAUAACAUUUAUGUUAGCCGAUGUAAUCACUGCUGUGGCGCUCUACAUCGCGGUGAAGGAAUACAACAAACAAGUGUUCAGGAAACAGAAAUAUGCGUUGGAGGCAGACCGUUACCCCCACGACUGUCACGAGCUCAUCAGAAGCCCCAAAGAAAUGUUCUACAUCCCUCUGAAAGUCGCCAUGUUUUACCUAUUGAACCCGUUCACCAUCCUGUCCUGCGUCGCCAAGUCCACCUGCGGUCUGAACAACGCCGUCAUCGCCACCUUCAUCCUUUCUACAAUAAAGGGAAAUGUUUUGCUGAGUGCCAUAUUUUUGGCUUUGGCCACAUAUCAGUCCAUCUAUCCGCUGACUCUCUGCGCUCCAGCUCUGCUGUAUUUGAUGCAGCGUCAGUACAUCCCGGUGAACUUCCGGCGGGUCAGCUUCUGGUGGUUCAUCGCGCAGUAUGCCUUCAUGUACCUCGGCAGCCUCUUCGUCAUCAUCUGCCUCUCCUUUUUCCUGCUGGGCUCCUGGGACUACCUGCCCUCCGUCUACGGCUUCAUUCUCUCAGUACCGGACCUGACCCCGAACAUCGGCCUCUUCUGGUAUUUCUUCGCCGAGAUGUUCGAACACUUCCGCCUCUUCUUCCUCUGCGUCUUCCAGAUCAACGUCUUCUUCUACACCAUCCCUCUGUCCGUCAAACUCAAGGAGCAUCCAGUGUUUCUGAUCUUCAUGCAGUUAGCUGUGAUCUCCAUCUUUAAGUCGUAUCCCACUGUGGGCGACAUCGCUCUCUACCUGGCCUUCCUGCCUGUGUGGAGUCACCUGCACAGAUUCUUGAGGAACAUCUUCCUGGUGUCUUGUGUCCUGCUGGCCUGUUCGGCUCUGUUCCCUGUUCUCUGGCACCUCUGGAUCUACGCCGGCAGCGCCAACUCCAACUUUUACUACGCCAUAACGCUGCUGUUCAACGUGGCACAGAUUCUGCUGGUGUCGGAUUAUUUCUACGCCUUCUUGAGGAGAGAACACCAUCUCACCUACGGACUAUACCUGAAGAGGAAAGACGGCUCCGAGGCUACACUAGUUCUUAAAUAAAACACACACACACACACACAGCUACACACACACACACACACACACAAACACACUAAUACACAAACCACCUGGCUGGCCGCCUCCACCAGGAAGGGAGAAACUGCUCAAGGUCUCAGUUAUCCUCAAAGGGAACAAACACAAACUGAGGAGGAUAAAAGACUCCAGAGGCCACACUGCCUGGUACCACAAGUCACAACAUACUACACGACAGACAGAUGUUGGAUGUAGAAAUCCUGGCUCCUGCCAAACGACUAAAACAUCCUUUCUCCUCCUUUCUCUUUGUCUUCUGGAGCGCUCUAACUCCGACGCCUCACUCCACCCGGAGCCUGUUGUGACACUCUGUUCAUCCUGCAGCUCCCUCCUGGACAGCUUUUAUUUUGAAGCACCAUCACUCAUGCAGAUUUUUCUUUUUUCGUUUGUUUGUUUUUCUGGAAGGAAACUUCAGCUGCAGUGGGUUUUAUUUUAAACCUUGGUUCCUCUUUAAACACCAAAAAAAAAACCCACCAAAAAUGUAGGAAAACCUCCAUUGAUUGAUUAUUCCUGAUAUCCAGAUGAUUAUAUUUAUGUCCUUUUAUUGUGGGGAAAAAGAAGAAGAAACCCUUUGUGUUUGGAAGCCUAAAAAUAUCAGUUUGUCUCUCUCUCUCUUUUUCACCACUUUCUUACUGUUUGCUUUUCAUCCUUUUGUUAACUUCUCUAUUAAUUAACUUGUGACGUGUGAUCAGUGUUUCAUCUCAACGCUUCACCUCAUCGUGGUUCAUAAACCUUAACACCUGCCUACAAACAAACAAAGUUAAGGAUGAGAUACAGAAAUGACUAAAGCUCAGACAGCUCCGUUAACAGCCUGAUGAUGAUGAUGAUGAUGAUGAUGAAGAAGAAGAAGAAGAAGAGGAAAGUCUGACUAAGACAACAGUGAACGUGUUUUAACAACUGAAGGUUCAGGAUGUGUGAAGAGCAGAAACAGAAGUUUUCCUCUUGUCAAAAUCACAGUUUCAUAAUUAAGAUUAAUAAAUAGACAAAAUUCCAGCCAGUUAACAAAGUUCGGGCCAACGAAUGAAUCUGGAAACGGUUAAAGUUUCAUAUUUUGCUCAAUUUCUGCAUGUAAAAUCAAGUUUAUUUAAUGAAGUCAUGGUUGAAUUUAACAUUUAAAAUGAUUGUUAGUGACGUCAGAGUCUUGAAAGCUGACGGUAUUUUUAAGUUGGAAGUUUGUAUCUUCCAUUUCCUCUAACGUGACAUGAACAAACAUCAUAAGCAUGCAUGAUUUUCAAUUAUUCCCCCCAUUAAAUGACUUUUUUACACAAUCAGGAAACCAAGACUGUAGUCAAGGAUGUCCAUGACAUGCUAAUGAUAUUUUUGCCUUUUCUUAGAAGCUACUGACAUAAAGAACUGUGCAAAAGUUUUAGACACUUAGUUUUUAUUCAUCAAUUAACUUGAUACAAAGUUGAUCAAACAGCAGAAACCUAAAGAAAAUCAGUAUUUGUUGUGAGCAGCUUGGCAGCAGUUCUCCUCCGUAAACCUGCACACAGUGUUUCAGGUUCUCGGCAGGUCGGAUGUUUUCCUGCCACAGUUCUUCUUCUGUCUCUUCCUGUUAAUCCCAGACUGACUCCAUGAUGUUGAGAACAGAGACUCCUUGUUCUUCUCGUUGAUGAAGGUCGUUCUUCAUGACCUCGGCUGGAUGUUUGGGCUUGUUGUCGUGCUGCAGAAUAAAUUUGAGACUGAUCCUCAGAUUCUCCAUCAGAUGAAGAAGAAUCUAAACAUCUAAAGUGCCUGAAACUUUUGCACAGUUCUGUAUAUCUACUUAAAAAAUGAUUUAAUUCACAUCCUUAAAAUAAGCCUUAAACAGCCUCAGAUGGUGAUAUUAAGAUUGAUCUUUUGUUGAAUAUUUUUACUUUAUAUUAAAAUAUGAAUGAAUGAAAAUAUGAAUUAAAAUAUUAAGUCCGCAGGUAAAUGUUUUUGUUUUUGGCCUCCGUAUGAAAAUAAUUUAAGCAACAACAGAAGUUUUAUUGAAGGUAUUUAGAGAUCUAUAGAAAAAAAAUAAGUUUCUUUAUUUGUAGACAAACAAUAAAAUAAAACAAACACAGAUCAGUCUGUUCAGUUGCUUUCUCACGUGAUUUUUUUUUUUUUUUUAAACCCCUCGUCUGUUUGGGCUGAAGGUCGAUUUUGAUACCAAUGAGUCGAAGGUAAUUUGUGAUAUUUAUUUAUUUGCUGCACUGAAAACUUUGCAAAGAGAUUUAAUUUUUCUUUUUUUUUUUGGUUUCAUUAAAAAAGGAGGAGCUCUUAUGUUGUUUUGAUACUGUAUAUAUAUAUGAAUGUUUUGUUUUAUUACAGAUAUUAAAAUGCUGUGUCUGAGAGGGGCUGAUGUUCAAGCUGAUGAAUGAAUGAGUGAACAUGUCAUAAAUGAUUAUUAUUAAACUGGAGGUGUUGGUUUA